UCCACGAAUUCCACCCCAUCAGCUCGGGCUUGGAGGCCAUGGCUCUCAAAUCCACCAUCGACCUCACCUGCAACGACUACAUCUCUGUCUUUGAGUUUGACAUCUUCACCAGGCUCUUCCAGCCAUGGUCAUCUCUUUUAAGGAACUGGAACAGUCUGGCAGUCACACACCCGGGGUACAUGGCCUUCCUAACCUACGACGAGGUCAAGGCUCGACUGCACAGGUUCAUCCACAAACCUGGCAGCUACAUCUUCAGGCUGAGCUGCACUCGGCUGGGCCAGUGGGCAAUCGGCUACGUGACAGCCGAUGGGAACAUCCUGCAGACCAUCCCCCAUAACAAACCACUCUUUCAAGCCCUCAUUGAUGGAUACAGAGAGGGAUUCUAUCUGUUCCCAGAUGGUCGUACACAGAACCCAGACCUAACAGGGCUGUGUGAACCUUCUCCACAGGACCACAUCAAAGUUACUCAGGAGCAGUAUGAGCUCUACUGUGAGAUGGGCUCCACUUUCCAGCUCUGCAAGAUCUGUGCAGAGAACGACAAGGAUGUGAAGAUCGAGCCCUGCAGACACCUGAUGUGCACCUCCUGUCUGACUGCCUGGCAGGAGUCGGAGGGUCAAGGCUGCCCCUUUUGCCGCUGUGAAAUUAAAGGCACGGAGCCCAUCGUGGUGGACCCCUUCCACCCGAAGGCCAGCGUGGCUUCCUUUGCCGGUUUCCAGGGGUCCAGCAGAGCAGAAGCUGCCGCCAAUGACGAGGAAGACGACGAUCGCCUGGAGGACCACCUUCUCAUGAGCAGGCUGGCCUGCACAAAGGUAGAGCGCCCGCCAUCUCCAAUGUCUCAGCUGCCUCCGGUGCCCCCGCGACUGGACCUCCUGCAGCAGAGACCCUCCAGCUCCCACAGCGUUCAGGCUCAGGGAGCCACAGCCAAGAUUGCAGCCACUCACAGAGACAAGCCACUACCUCCGCCUCCAGCCCUAAGAGAGCUGCCACCUCCUCCCCCCCCAGAGCGCCCCUCCCUGGUGGGCCAGGACUCCAGAUUCCAGAGGAGACCCCUGCCCUCCACCCCCGACCAGCCCGCCUGGGCUUCCAACUACAUGGUCCCACGUCCGGCAACCAAGGCCCUGUCGGCCUUGUCCUCCACUCCUCAGAGCAAUGGAACAAGUGGAGAGGGAAGCAAACCCCAAGCAGCUACUAAUGCUAUCUACUGCCUGACUGCAAGAUCUCUGCCAGCAUCAGCAGUGUCGAGCGGGGAGAAGCCGCCGUCUGACUGUGAGGAGAAUGAGUACAUGAGUCCCACCUCUCUCCCAGCCUCCGGUGCCCCCUGGGUCGUAACAGGCUCCUUGGUGCCCCCGCCUCCGGCCCAGGCAAACCACCACAAUGACAUCAGCAGUGAGGCGGAUGACAUUGACUCUCAGGACCCCCAAGUCUACGAGUCCAUGUGUAUUAUCCAGGCCCAGGCCGGCUCCUCGGAGACGGCACAGGCCCCUGACCUGGACCACCUUCAGCAUUCAGCUGCUGUGGCCCCCCUGGUCACGAAGGAGGAGACCAAGGAGGAGGAGAUUUAUGACUGUCCCAGACCGGUCGUCCAUCCCGCCCCCACCAAAAGAACCCUGUCAGAUAUCAGCGGCCCCUCGGGGCCCUUUUGCACUCUCAGCAUUGACAGUGACGUAAACACCAGUUUGUUUGCAGCAGCUGUCGACCCUGAACGUCCCCCCAAACCUCUCCCACGGCGAGCCAACUCGGACCGGCGACCUCGGCCUGUAAACCGGGAACUUCCUGCAGCGUUGCCAGACCUCCCUGGUCCCUCCACCUCCGCCCCGCCGCCUCCUCCGCCGCCUGCAGUCCCUGGAAGCCAAGCCCUGAACGGGGAGAUUGAAUGCCUGAUGUCCCAGGGCUACUCCAUCCAGGACAUCCAGAAAGCCCUGAUGAUCGCCCAGAACAAUCUGGAGACGGCCAAGAACAUCCUGCGAGAGUUUGUCUCCAUCCCCUCCACGGCACACAUCGCCACAUAGUCGCUCCAG